CGUGCAUGUUCCUUCACGUGUUGUUUGUCUUUGUCUAUCGUGAAUUCGCAUGUCGUCGCAGUCGCCUUUGCAUAACUAAACCCCCACAAAUCACAGUUGUUGACCCAGCUCAAGACAGCUUCCUCUCUGCACAGCCAUCUAGUGUUGCCACCCAAUCGCAAUGCCGCGCCCCAAGAAAUCUACCGCCUCUGCCGCAACAACUCCAACCUCACCAGAACAAGUUCUUACCGCCCUUCAAUUGCUCAACGAGUCCCAAGAGCUCAGCAUCCUAAAGCUUUCAGAGCCCAUCUCUACCACGCCGACAGAUCCCUACCGCACACAGUCACGUACAUCCGAUGCAUCCAACAGCUCUCUCGACGCCCCCACACCAGCCAGCCUAGAGGCCGAUCUGGUCCACUACCGCGAGCUCUUCGCUAAGCUGCGCUUCAGCUACGUCGAGCAGGUCACCAAGGAAAAGUUCAUACGAGCCAUCGUCGGCGACCCACCCCUGAUCGUCAGUCCCCAGGAGAAUGUCGAACUGGAAGCCCAGAACGCAGAGGCAAAGGCAGAGCUGAAGGCCCUGAAAACAAACGUGGUGGACAUGGUCAAGGACCUGGAGAGGAGGGGAGCCCAACUUGCCAAACGCUACGAGGGCGUCAAGCUGGAAACCGCCAAGUUAGAAGAACUGCCCGAGAAGAUCCGCGGCUUGGAAGAAAAGGUCGCCGCCUUGCGCUCAGAAAACGAGGGACGGCUCAAUGCCGAUAAUCCGGACAUGAAUCUACCCUUGGCAAGGACGGCUGAGUUGGUGAACGAGAAAAAGAGGACCAUGGCCGACCUGGACAGACAAUUGGAACAACUUCAAAACCAGGUUCCCAGGAAGAAGAAGGAGCUGGACAGACUACAAACAGAAUUGGCCCCUUUAGAAACGAAGCGGGCUACCAGUACAACGGCCGCCAAGGAAGCAAAGAGGAGGAAGGAGGCCGCACUGGGAGGCGUUGAGGACGAUUUGGAGGAGAGAGGUCGGUGGUACCGCGCCGCUGAAGCUGGCCUGAAGCAGAUGCUGGAGAUCUGAUUCUAGCCUGACGCCCUCUUUUACGAUGUACGAUGUACGAUGUAUCAUGUAUCAUGACUUCUGGAUAUGUAUGGCGUUAUGGAGUCCCCCUCAGGCUUGACUCUAGGAUUUACAGUCACCAUAUUGAAUACCCCGUCCUUAUUGCAAUCUCACCUUGCGAUGGGCGGAAAUUAUGCUACCUUA